AUGCAUCUCCAGUUCAAGCUGCGUCGCUGGGAGAUAGAGAUACUGAUGAGUGUGCCCGAAUCGAAAGUCGGGGGCUGGAUGCACAUGGAGAGAACCUUGUGUCAGCGGCACCCCCCUGGCCUGGGGCAGGCCUAUGCCUGGGAAUUCUUUUCGUCUGAUCGAAUUCGAGGUGUCGGCGACCUUACGCUCACCGAGCAACCGAGUGUAGUCCUGCUGGAUCAGGAGAGUGAUGGUCUCCAUUGGAGCAUUGCAGGGGACAAUAUCGGGGAUCCGCGAACCGCGGAUGCCUGUCAGACGCUUCUUCGGCACCAAAUCGCACGGGACAUUGUCUUCUACACGCAUCUGCUGCUUUACGGGCUGCCUUGGAAUGUCCCAGGUUAUGCAGCGAACAAACACGUCCAGCAGGCGCUCAAGACACAACCGUUUCGAUGA